CUCGCAAUGGUUGCCGGGAAGAGCUAAGGUUAUGGACAAUAAUGGCUGCCGUCUCGGCGAGUAGUAAAUGUCGAGCUUCGCAUAAAGAAUUGGGUGCGCACCUUUGGCACGCGCCGUUUGACUUGUGCUGAGAACAUGGUCAUCUGUUCAAGUCUGCUUGGUUAUUGACUGCUGCUGAGAUCGGCUAGGCUUCGUCCACUAGUUUUCCAAGGUGAAGAAAAGAACAUGCCAUCUUUGCCGACACCUUUCUGCCGAAGUAAAUAAGGCCGCUACUUGAAACAACAAACACCCGAGACAGACUCUACCAUGACCAGCUGAAAGAGUUCACAGAGGUGUGACUGCCAUGAGCUCCGACGAGGAGGAGAUAGUCCCGCGGCGCAAGCGCAACGUAAGAGUGAUAGUUGACGAAGAGGAAGAGCAGUCGUCGUCUUCAUCGGACGGCGAAUCGGAGGGAGGCAGUGGUGAUGAGGAUGAUGAUGACGAAGAGGGCAGCAGUGGGGAGUCUGGAUCAUCCUCAGAAGAAGCCGACUCUGCGGCGGAGGACGAAGGUGGCGGCGAGUCAGAGUGGGAGGAGAUUCCCCAAGAGCUGCUCUUGGAAGGUUGCCAGCAGCAGGUGGCCAUUGCUGUGGCAGCAGUGCCAACCAAGAAGGCUGUCGUCGCUGUCGCUUCGCGCAAGGCCGCAGAUGCUGCAGGCGAGGCUAGCGACAGUGACCUGAGCGACGCGCAGGCUGAGCGAUGUGCUGUUUGCCUCAAUCGUUUCCUUGGCCAAGAAGUGGGCACACCUGAAAGCUGUGACCACAUCUUCUGCCUCGACUGCAUCCAAGAAUGGGCCAAGAACAUGAACACGUGCCCUGUGGACCGGUCAGUCUUCCGGCUCAUCUUGGUGCGCAAGGGGGACCAUGUCGUGCACCAGAUCUCUGUGCCAGCCCCCGGUGAGCAGGAAGAACAGGAGCAACAGGAAGAAGAGGACCUGACGUACUGCGAGGUGUGCGGCCGGUGUGAUCGCGAGGACCGGCUGCUGCUUUGCGAUGCCUGUGAUCUGGGCUAUCACUGUGAGUGUCUGAGCCCCCCACUAGACUCCGUGCCAAUAGAGGAAUGGUACUGCCCCGACUGUGCACCCGACCAUGCGCCGCUGGAAGAUGAGCCCUUGCCUGAUGAUGUGAUGGAAGAGUUCAGACAUAUGCUGGCAUCACGGUUUCGGCCUGGGCAAGUGGGCGGCCUUCGCCGAGCCAUUGCCCGUACACGAGCCAGUGAAACGGUGCGCACUCGCAUUCAGCGUCGUCGUGCAGCCAUUGAGGAAGUAACUGCAUCAUCACCCGAACCCUGUCAACAGUCAUUAUCAUCAGCUAGACGCGCCCCAGCAAAGCGUUCCUCAGCACCUACACGGCGGAAAGCAUCGAGUCGCAAGACAUCAAGCCGCAAAACAACAAAGCGCAAGCGGCGCAGCACUGGCCGCCGCAAGCGCAAGACCAAGACCAAGGGAAACUCGGCCAAGCGGCGCAAGACGACUACUAGCAGCAGGCGCAAGUCUCAUCGAAAGGGUGUCAAGCGCAAGAGCAGCCGACGCACUACACGCCGGUCACGUCUAUCCUCAAGACCGCUGGCCUGUCCCCCGUCAGUGAGGCAGCGGAUUGCCGAUCGAUUGGGACUUGCCCGGCCUCCACCAGGCCAGAGCUUACCACUCAUGCGCCGCGUCGACCUGGGGUCUUCUUCCACUUUCGCCAUGGGCCCACAGUCUGUAGGCUCAACUUACGGCCCUUCCUUCUCUCUGUUUGGUGAUCGAGAUGAGCUGGUCUCGCUUGAUGGCAGCUGUGAUGAAGACAGUGGCGGUGAUGUAAUGGUAGCCCGCCCAAGGCUACCACGGCACUCCUUUACCCAAGUCAAAAAAGCCAUCUCAAGACCGUCAUCAUCACUCAGUCGGGUGCGUGCAGCUCUGGCCAAAGUUUCUCCUCCUCCAGCUUGCGGUGACCUACUGGGCAGCAUUCUAGAGAUGCAGUCUGUGUUCCAUUCCAAGGGUGGACUCUCAGGUGCUAUUGUGCAACGUGAUGGUUCUCUGGAUCUGCGUGCAGUGCCUUCAACAGCACGCAAGUGCCCCCGAAGUCCCCCCGGUUCGCCUGCCGAAUCCCCGGCUUCUCCUCCACCUUCGAGCAUAGGUGGUCACUCAGCGGGUUCGGCAAACCAGACUCCCAGCCGACGAGCAUCAAGUGGUAGUGGCUACACCUCAGGCUGUGUUGGUGCUUCAGGGGACAAUGGCACAACACCUAGUCGGCAUGACGACCAUGCACAACGGGAAGGUUGUGGUAGCUACCACCACUUGAUGGUUCCCUCUCCACCAGAUGCCUAUGCCCGCAAGAAUGGCCGGGACCGGACUAAAAACGGUCCGGUGGAGGAAGACGACGAUAUUGACAUUUACAGUGACAUCGAUGAUGGUGAUGACAGUGGUGGUGGUGGUGAUGGUGGGGGGGAUGGUAUGAAUCAUAAUGGAGAUGAUACAGAACCUUCAGUGAACGGUGAAAGCCCUACAAGAGUGUCUACAGCAGUGUCCAUUGGCAGAGAGAGUGUGCCACGACGUGUCCCAGCAAGCGUCGUGGACCACGACGAGGAAGCAUCGUCGAGUGAAAACGAGCUGGUUAUCGACGAGCAAGAAAAUCCUGCUGAUGUGCCAGAAGAUGAAGAAGUUGCAGGUGAUCACUUAAAAGCAGCUGGAGAGAGCGAGGAGGAGGGCCCCAUCCUGGAAACGGCCAAUGUGAGGAGCCCAUCCCCCGAAAACGACGAGGGCACAUCACAAGUAUCAGAUGAAGAGGGUGGGCUGGAAAUCGUCGAGAAUGGAAACUCAAGUGAUGGUGAACAGGGUGAAGAUGAAAGUAAUGGAGCCAAAGAAGGCGAUGGUGGUGGUGAUGAAGCAGGAGAUGGUGAUGAGGAGGAGGAAGUGGAGGAGGAGGAGGAAGAAGAAAAACCAGAAGUGCAACCGUUAGCUGAAGAGGAAGAAAGCUCACAGAUGAACCCUGAAGAGGAAGAAACAGGUUCAGCGCCAGUAGAAGACACUCCAGCAUCCCCCACAGAAGAAGAGGGCCCUUCCUUCAUGCAAGAUGCGCCUGCAUCUCCCCCAACUGAAGACAGUCCAUCAUCUCCGCUAGAAGCAACACCAUCUCCUCCUACCCCUGUUGAUGCGCCGGCAUCGCCAACAGAAGACGUGGUCCCUGGGGCAUCACCUAUUGAGAGUGGAGAGGACUCCUCGGCACCUGUGUCUCCUGAAGCAGUGCAAGUAGAUGAGCAAGCAGCAGAGGUUUCAAGAGAAGGUGAAGAUGGGGAAGAAAAUGACGAAAAGGUGAUUGCAGACGCCAAUGAAGGUGACGACGAGGACACACAGGACAAUACCUCCUCGCCAAAGGAAAUUGAGAGCCCGGAGGCUGAGCCAGAAGAGGAGGAGGGAGAAGAGCAGGAAGAGAGCAGUUUGGCAGCAGGUGGACCAGGUGACGACAUUGCCUCCCCUGCACCGGAAGAAUCGAAGGAGGCAGAUGAUGGCGGUGUCCUUGGUAACCUCCUAGAUACUGAAGAUAUAUCCUCUUCUGAAGAAGAAGGCCUCCUUGAGGAUACCAGUAAUGGCAUGGAAGAUAUAUCGGAGCCUGGUAGCACAGAUGGCUUGGUAGACAAUCUGGAGGCUGUUGUGAGGGAGCAGGAGGAGCCGUGGCGACAAGACCAAAAGGACAAGGAACGUCCACUACAGAAGGAGCGCAAGACCAAGCACAAGAAAGACACCUGUCAUCAUCGGAAGCACCGUCGUCACCGGCGGACAAACAGCAACAAUGAGGACCGUGAAGAAGGUGAGAUUGUUGAAGAAAGGUCGCCUUUAUCUUCGAGCCGACGACGGAAGGAGGCAGAGACGUCUGCUGAUGACUUGGCCGAGUUGGCACCACGCAUCAACAUUUCAGAGUUGCCACGGAUACCCAAGCUCAAGAGAAGUGAUAAAGCAGCGAGUCACACUGCUGACAGCGAAUCUAGCCUUGGAGGUGAUAGCACAAGCGCAGCGGUAGCAUCGCAUGCCGAAGUGAAGCGCACCAGUGUGUUGGGCCGAGUUGACUCUGGCAGUGAUAUCAGCUGGAAGAAGCUGUCAAAGCAUUCACGGGAGCGUAGCUACCGAGAUGGAAAGCAGCGGGAUGACACAGUGUUAUACAAGGAGCGUGAAAUCAAGAAGCGUGAGAAAGAAAGUCGUGUCGAGCGCUCCGAUAAUCCGACACGCAAGGACGGUGAUGCGAGAACAAGCUCUCCAUCGCCACCUCCACCGCCCAAAAAGAAGGAACGACGCCCUGAUCGGGAGCUGUACGUUCGCCCUGACAAGAAGCGUGACUGGAAUAAAAAAGACAAGGAAAAGGAGAGAUCAUCAUAUAAAGAUAGCAAGUCAUCAUCAUCAUCAUCAUCUCACAAAGACCACAGGGACAAGUACAAGGAGAGAGACAAGCAUAGCAGCAGUGGGAGCAGCAGCAAAGAGCACACUCGCCACAGCAGCAAAGACCGACGACGGAGCAGCUCAAAAGAACGCCACGAGCACAGGCACAGCAGUCGCCAUCGUAGAGACCACUCGGAUGAGCGCUCAUCAGAGAAGUCCUCCAAGCACAAGGAUUCACGUCGAACAGAUGACCGAGAGUCAAGACGCUACGAUGACAGGGACACUAGGGACUCGAGGGAAAAGCGAGACUCGAGAGAAACUCGCAGCUCUAGGGAAACCAGGGAUUCAAGGGACGAUGGCAGCCGAGGGAGAGAGUCUAGAGAUGCAAGAGAUUCAAGGGAUAGUAGGGAGUCGAGAGACAACAGGGAAUCAAGGGAUGUGGCAAGGGACAGCAGAGAAUCGAGGGACAGUAGAGAAUCAAAAGACAGCAGGGAAUCUAGGGAAAGCAGAGAAACGAGGGAGUCACGAGAAAUAACUAGGGAGCCACGGCGGACUGAAGAAAAAAUAAAGGUGGUUGUUGAGAAGGACUACUGGCGCGAUAAGCAUGAGCGGCGGAAAGAGAGGUCACCCAGUCCUUAUUUGGAGGAGGCAGAAGAGCACACACCCAUAGAGUCUAAAGAGGUGAUAGCCAAGGGUGACAGCAUCAUAAUCAAUGUAAAUUUCAAUCGCAGCAAGAAGGAAACAAAGGUGGCAGCCACGCCAUCGAAGGAUCCCGAUACGCAUUCGAAAUCUAGCACGAGGGAGUCGAGGCCACGGAAACGUGAGGCCUCCUCUCCCGCCACUCCGCAAUAUGGAAGUGACAGUGAUGUCAACGAGAGUUUGUCCAAAAAGAGACGCCGUCACCAUCUGAUUGGCCACGAUGGUGAUAGGGAUGAGAGUGAAGCAAGUGACCAGGACAACGAGCAAGAGGCGAUGGAGAGGUCGCCAGUUUCUCCGGCAUAUGACUUUGGUGAUCAGGCAUCAGCAUCUUCGCCAUCAGUGAGCGACGGCUUCGCUGACAACAAGCCAAGCACACCCCCAGAGGUGCACCCAUCACCCCCAUCACCUGGUACUGCAGACAAGUCGCCAACAUCAUCACAAACAACUCCUCAGGCACCAGAGCCACCGUCGCCGCCUCUGCCACAGCCGCCAUCGCCACCACUACCACAGCCGCCUAUUUCAAGUGGCUCUGCCAAACAGCUGUCACCACGGUCGCCCCCAUCGCCGCCAGAAGACAAUAGCUAUGACCCAUGCGAGCCAACCAAAAGCCCGAGCCCACCGCCACCUCCGAUGGUCGCAGCUUCAACAGCCACCGAGACUGAUCCUCGCCCACCUCCUGAGCUCGAGCUGCCACCGCUUCCACCAGAACCAGAGCCGCCGACACGUGCCGUCAAGGCAACGGCAGUGUCUUUGCCUUUGACUCAGCCCGUGCCAUCAAUGACAGUUGCAGCACCUGUGAGUGGCCCACCGGUGCUCCCGACCAUGGCGGGGCUACAGUUGCAACCACCACCACCGUUCCUGCCAGCGCGGCCUCUGACUACUGUGAUGGGCAAUCUGGCAGGUGCCUGGGCUCCUGCUGCAGCGCCCGUGAUUCUUGGCCUUAGGGCGCCGUUUGUGCCACCUGCACUUGGCGCGCUUCUGCCUCCACCAAUGGGCCUCUUGCCACUGAGGCCGCCGCCAGCACCUAUUGUGCGGUUGACUGCCCCGCCCAUUGUCACUGCACCUGCUGCUGCUCCCCCAACAACUCUGAGCCUGCCCCCUGAACCUGCAGCGCGAGUGACAGAGCAGACAGGUGUUGUGGACAUGGAUGUUUCAACGCCACUGCUGUAUUCCCCCACGGAUAUUCCCGUUUCACCUCCAGAGCCUGUUGCAGUGCCUCCCCAAACAGCACCUGCUGCACAGAAAGGGUCCUUCGACUCCCUUUUACCUACGGACCGAAAAAGUGGCAAAGGCAGUUCUAAGUCCAAGCGUCAACACUCCAGCAGUAGUGGUGGUGCUUCACAGGAUGCCAAACAUGUUAUACACUUUGUAGUUGACAAGGCCAAGGGUGGUUCGUCGAACGUGACCCGGAGCCGGUCGGAAUCCAAGUUUAGCAGUCGUAGCAUGGACGAAAGCCAGCUCCAGAUCCUCGACGAACUGCCCAGCUCGGCUGUUGAGAUGCAGGUCAAGGACAAGUUCCUGAAGAAGCUGAACAGGCAGGAACGCGUGGUGGACGAAGUAAAGCUAGCACUCAAGCCUUACUACAAUCGCCGCGAAAUCUCAAAGGAGGAGUACAAGGACAUCCUCCGAAAAUCUGUCCCAAAGAUCUGCCACAACAAGAAGGGCGAGAUCAACCCUAUGAAAAUCAAGGCAUUUGUCGAGGGCUACGUCCGGAAGAUCAAGCACUAUCGCAAGAGGCUGGGCAGCGAGCAGCGGCACAAAGCAUCCUGAGUAACGAGUGGCCGUCACUUGGCUCCCUCGUUGUCGUCACCGUGAAAGGAAGGCCUUGCCUCGCGAAGUGGCCACUGGCGUCUGUGCCUGGCAGCACCCAACCGAGUCAUCGUCAUCACGUGGUGGGGUCGCCUGUCAUCGCACGUCCUGCCAGCUGCACGUUGUACAAACAAAGGACCGACUCCCAUCCCCGCCCCUUCGUCCCACCACAAUGCACCACGAGCCUUUCCUUCGCCCACUGCCCCACCAUCCGCCCCAGCCUCCAGCCGAGACAGCUGCGACGACUGGUCCAUGACCGGAGAAACCUACAUUGUCACCACAGAUCUUUCGGCAAUGGCCGCAUCUUUAAUAUGUUGUAAAAAAAAAGGACAGAGCAGAGGAGAGACAGUUGUGCGUGCUUUCUGCAGUGCAAUCUCGUGUGUGCGUGUGAAAUGGAACUCCUAUAAGGCACGCAACAAGUAGUAACUGCUGCGCACACAGUCUCUCUUACCCAGUGCCCAGACCUUGUGUAAAUAGAGUGUGUGGGUCGUGCGAUGACAUUAAAAACGACUAACACAUUGGAAAA